AGCUAAGAGUGUCCAGCAGCCGACGACGAGAACCGAUUCAGAAGACGAUCAACUCUUGAACGAUGGUGUGCAGCAGAAGUGUGUCCUUACUUUUUACUCUUUUGGUUGGGGUGUAUGCCUCUACGGCAACUGAUCCUAUUGAUUCGAUUUCCACUCAAGGAGCCGAUAUCCUAAACAGAGCAAAACUCACAGGCCAAACCGUCCGACAAUGCUCGUGCUCGGAGCAAAGAGUCUGUGUGGAGGAAAUGAAACUUCAGGCUAAAGAUUGCACAGUUCCAUGCUUUCAAAAAUUCUCAUCCAUCACAUCGCGUCCAAAUGACUUGAAAAAGUGUUUCGACGAGAAAGACAACAUCCUCGAGGACUUCCUGACCUGUUUCGAAAACCGCGUUGAAGCAUGUGUCAAUGAUCAACAUGGACCACAGAUCCAGAAAACUGAUAUCCGCGGAAUCUUCAAAGUGACUGAGAAGAGUAUUGCGACGCAGACAAACACAUUCCAGACAAUGAUCAAACCGAUCAAGCAUAUUCUUGAUGCAACUGGUGACUUCGCCCUCUGCGUCAAAGAUUGCUUCUUGGAGAAGAAUAAGAGCGGUUUCUGCUUUGAUAGAAAAGGAUGUCAACCUUUGGUUGCCGAGACAAAAGCCAGACAAUCAUUCCGUGCGUGCACCAAGAAAAUGCACUGGAAACGAGAAGCCGGUGAGCUGUGCGAGUGCUCCGUUCAAGCUGGUGUCGAUUCCAGAGAACUCCGACAAUAUUGUGCCAUGUUCAAGUUGAUGAGAAGACGUGCUCCAAUGAGAAAGUCGCGUGGAUAAUCAUCUGUGCAAUUCUGAAUUUUUCAUUAAUCCCUUCUUUUCUACCGGUGUACAUAGAACCCUGAAAUUAGGAACCGAUGGUCUCAAAAAUCUGCAUGCAAAAGUUUUAGAAUCACACUAUUUUUCAUGUUCAUGUUUUUUUUGCUUUUAAAAUAUAUUUUUUCGUAAAUUUUAAAUCUUUAUGAAUGUUUAUUUUUUUUUUUAAUGAAUGACGGUUUUU